CGAUGACGUCACGGGAAGGCGCCGCCCAACAUGGCGGCGGGACUGAGUCGCGGGCGCUGAGGCGGCGCCGGGACCGGGACCGGGACCGGGACCGGGAGCGGGGCCGGGAGCGGGAUCGGGAUCGGGAAGCGGGGCUGGAGCGGGAACCGAGUGGGCCAUGGCCGCUGCCGCUGCGUGCUGAGGCCUCGCCGCUCACCCGGGCCGGGAUGCCCCGGGGGGGGCCCGGGCCGCCGCCGCCGCCGGAGCCAUGGAGGAGGAGGGCAAGAAGGGCAAGAAGCCUGGAAUUGUGUCUCCRUUCAAGCGAGUGUUCCUGAAGGGGGAGAAGGGCCGGGAUAAGAAGGCGCAGGAGAAGGUGACGGAGCGGCGGCCGCUGCACACGGUGGUGGUGUCACUUCCCGACCGCGUGGAGCCCGACCUGCUGCUCCAUGACUACAUCGAGAAGGAAGUCAAGUAUUUAGGGCAGCUCACCUCCAUCCCAGGAUAUCUGAACCCCUCCAGCCGCACGGAGAUCCUGCACUUGAUCGACAAUGCCAAGAGAGCCCACCAGCUCCCGGGACAGCUGACCCCAGAGCAYGACGCCGUCAUCAGCCUCUCUGCCUACAACAUCAAACUGGUGUGGAGGGACGGGGAGGACCUGAUCCUCAGGGUGCCCAUCCAUGACAUYGCCUCCGUGUCCUACAUCCGGGAUGAUUCCGCACACCUGGUUGUGCUCAAGACAGCUCAGGAUCCCGGGAUCUCACCGAGCCAGAGUCUGUGUGCCGAGAGCUCCAAGGCGCUGACGUCAGGAUCGCUGUCAGAGAGCGCCGGGGGGCCCCUGGAGUCCUGCUGCCUGGUGAUCCUGGCCACAGAGAACAAGGUGGGUGCCGAGGAGCUGUGCUCCCUGCUCAGCCAAGUCUUCCAGAUCGUUUAYACCGAGUCCACCAUUGACUUCCUGGACCGCGCCAUUUUCGACGGCGCCUCGACGCCGACGCGGCACCUGUCCCUGCACAGCGAUGACUCUUCCACCAAAGUGGACGUGAAGGAGCCCUUCGAGGCAGACACCAGCACUUUUUCCUUUGCAGACACUUUGGAAGCAGGGGACACCUCCCCAUCCUUCUCGGCGCGCCCGUCCCCACACGUGACCACAGCGAGUGAGAGYGAGCUCAGCACCACGGCCACCGAGCUGCUCCAGGACUACAUGAUGACGCUCCGGACGAAGCUGUCCUCGCAGGAGAUCCAGCAGUUCGCCAUGCUGCUGCACGAGUACCGCAACGGGGCCUCCAUCCACGAGUUCUGCAUCAACCUCAAGCAGCUCUACGGGGACAGCAGGAAAUUCCUGCUCUUGGGCCUGCGACCCUUCAUCCCGGAGAAGGACAGUCAGCACUUCGAGAACUUCCUGGAGACCAUCGGGGUGAAGGACGGCCGCGGGAUCAUCACCGACAGCUUCGGGCGCUACCGGCGCUCCCUGGGCGCCACCUCCGCCUCCAAUGGCACCGGCGCUGCGGGCAGCUCUGACGAGCAGUCGGUGCCCUCGGAGGAGGACGAGUGGGACCGGAUGAUCUCCCACAUCAGCAGCGACAUCGAGGCCCUGGGCUGCAGCCUGGACCGGGACUCGUCCUGAGGGAGCCYGAGAGUCGCAGCUGCUCCCGUGUGGAACGCGGGGCUGCCCUCGGGAGGGACACAGAGUUAGCCCCAGGGGGAACGUGGGGCUGCCCCCCGUGGGGACAUGGAAUAUGGAGCUGAUUCCAGGGGAUCCCAGGACACAGAGCUGCCCCUGGAGGGACCCUGGAGCUUCCCUAGGAGGGGACAUGGAACAUGGACCUGCCCCGGGAGGGCUCUGGAACUGCSCUUGGAGAGACCCAAGAACACCAAUCUGUGCCCUCAUGGAGAUCCUGGAACGCGGGGCUGCCCUCGGAGGGAUCCCGGACCCGUCCCGCCGGAUUUGGGGUCUCCGGCAGGAUGUCUUCACUGCCCCAGCUCUGUUAACAGCUCCAGGGGUUCCCUCUGGUUCCCAGGGCUCCAGCUGGAAUUGGGGACAGAUCUGGAUUUGGAUUUUGGGGACAGGUCUGCUCCCAGAGGGACAGAUCUGCUUCUGAGCACCCAUGUUUGCUCUCGAGGGAUCUCCCGGGCAUUGGGAUCUAUUCCCGAGGGGCCGGAUCCGCUUCCCCCGUUUACAGUUUGCACAGCGGAUCCCCCAGCACUGCCCCCCAAUGAAGUUCUACCACA